AGUUCUGUAAAGGGGAAAAGGAUGUCUGGGCUUAUGGGAAAUGGUACGGUGCCAUCUCUCCCGCCGCCACAGCCCAAGUCGCCACCGGAGCUGUACGGACGGCGGAGAGAGCUUGCCAAGGUGCAGAUACUGGAGAGAGAAAUUGGUUUUCUUGAGGAAGAAUUAAAAUCUAUCGAGGGCCUUCAGCUAGCUUCAAGAUCCUGUAAAGAGUACGUUAUUUAUCCCAGCCAUCAUGAACACAUAAUCAGGGUUGUAGAUUUUGUGACGGCAAAUGUAGAUCCUCUCAUGCCCUCAAGAAGCCAAAUUGCCAUUGCCAAUGCAAUACGUGCAGUUCUUGUGGCGAUCCAUGUGGCGAGUGCCGAUUGCCCAAAUGCAGCUGUUUUUUCUCAUGCUGUAAUAGUCAAUGCUGUAACUUAUUCAAAUGCAGCUGCUGCUCGAGACCAAAGUGUUCGUCUUGUUCGACUUGCUCUUGCACGAGCUGUAAAUGCUGUCCUAAAUAUAUAUGUUCUUGUUGUCACCAAAGCUGCUGCUGCUACCCUUGCUACUUUUGUUACUAAUUUA